AUGGCCCCACGGCAAAAGAAAAAUGGAUCAAAAAAGCCAGUCUUGGAAACUGAGGAAGACUUCUACGAUGACGCUACAGAGAAGGAAGAACAGGCGGAAAGAUGGGCUUUGUCUGAUGUCAAGAAGACUAUACGCCAGUACGCGCUGGCGUUCAACUCCUACGAACAAGGCCUAAAUGCUCCCAGUAGCACUGUUGGCGGUAGCUACCACAUUUACUACAAUCAAACAAGACUGUUGCUAAAGAUGUACAGUGAUUACAUUGCCAAUGACGGAAGCGUCAAUAUUUUGCAAUACGUUGACUUGACAGAUAUGGGAAAUCUCGACAUGUUGUUCAAGCCCCUACCCAUAAUUACCGAGCGAUUUGAGCUUGCGAUCGCGAAAUUUCGAGACGCGUGCUCGUGGGAUAUCUACUUCAAUCUUUUGACCUGUUACUUCAGUCAACUGGAAGAUUAUUCAGAACUUUCUGGUGACCAGAUAUUGGAAUUAUAUGAAAGAUUCAAGAGUACAGCACGGAGGGUGAUUCAAUUGCAUUUAGAGGAACUAGAAUCAUGGGAAGCUCCAAGUGACACGGCAACUCCUGCGCCUUUGGAUGCCGUUCCUACUGUAGAUGGCAAUUCUGGUCAUUCUGCGUCAGAAGACAAUGAGCUAGAAGUUAUGGAAAUGCAAGACGAAAUAACCGCGAAGACUCUACUUGACACGCUCGUCGUGUGCUACAGGUGCAUUGCAACGCUCAUUGAGCUCCUUGUAGAAUCACGCAACGGCACCUUUGCUGCAAUCAAUGACGUUCAAGCAAACUACUUGGAAGACGACACUCAGCAAUUCAAACUCCAACUGGAUGCGGUGGUUCGCGAGGAAGCCGGAUUAAACCUGGGUUCCCUCGAAACCGAUGAGUUGCAGCUUGCCGUAUGGUCAAUCGAUGGAUUGAUUGUUGUAUCUUCUACCGGCUUUGAAGGUCUGAAAACCUUUAUUGCGGGGAUCGCUGACAGUGGCAGAGAUACAUGCGUUGACAAACUGCUAAUCGCCGUUGACCUUCUCCAUCUUGUUCGUCAGCACCCCAAAAACAAUCUUAAGCAUAACCAGGCACGAUUGUGGGCAGUAUGCACAGAGGCAGGACGCCUGCUGAGCACCGUUGAGGCCAAAUUGGCGCAGAAGCGGCAGGAUACGAUCUCAGGAAUUCUAAAAGAGAACGACAACGAGUUGAGCCCUGUCGUUUUCAAACUCUGCGAAGUCAUGAUAAGCCGCUCGGAUAACGAACUUUACAGGCACUUGAUCAAGGCCACAGAGGCAUCACACGGCGACCCUGCCGCGGCGAAAACCGCAGGCAUCCUGUUGCGAAACGCUCAGGUGCUUCUCAAAAAUGCGAGCACGAUAGCUCAACAACCGUGUGGUUUUCGCGAGUACAUCUCAGACAAGCUGAAACGCAAUUACAUCUACAAGCAAGCUACCGAGCGUCUCGGGUUCAUGGAAAACGGCGCAACCACCAGUACGAUCUUGGAACUCGCUCAAGAACACCCGUUUUACAACGCACAGAACCCAGUAAGGCAAUUAUAA